AUGGCAACAAAGAGCGACAACCCGCAAUUAAGCACAAUUAAUGAUGAAUUUCUGGAGGAUCGUGUCGGCAGGACAAAGAAGAUGCUAGCCCACCUCAAGGAACGGGCUGCUGAAAUCAGCGGGGACCCUGCUGCGUUAUUGGCCGCUACCGACAAGUACUGCUACGAGAAGGAUCGUCGGAUGAUGCACGUCGGAGACAAGAAAGGUGAUAUAGUGCGCAAGUUUAUCCAGGAGUUGGCCCCUAUGACAUGCCUGGAGCUGGGCACGUACUGCGGCUACUCGGCGGUGCUGAUGGCGAGUGUCCUCCCCGAAGGAAGCCGGUUCAUCACCGUUGAGGCUGAUGAGACCCUCGCGAAGGAGGUGGCCAAGGAGUUCAUCGAGUUGGCAGGAGCACAAGUCUCCCAGAAGGUUACAAUCAUCUGCAAGAAAUCCGAGGACGUCAUUCCAACUCUCCGCGACGAUUUCUCCGUGGACAAAUUGGAUUUCGUCUUCAUCGACCACUGGAAGGGCGCGUACCUGAGGGACUUGAAGCUCCUCGAGUCCCUUAGCCUGCUGAGGAAAGGAACCGUCGUCUUAGCUGAUAAUAUUAUUUUCCCCGGUGCUCCAGACUACCUGGAGUACGUCCAAAAAUCGGAGAACUAUCAGACGGAGAUGAUUCACUCUACGGUGGAGUAUUCUGACUGGGAAGACGCGUUGGCGAAAUCAGUCUACUUAGGCUAA